AUUAGGUUAAGAAGGAAAAGAAAAAGGAUGCGUGGUGUGUGGCGAUUCCUUUAUAUAAGCCUCCUCCACCCUUUCUCUCUCCCUUCAACUCAACCUCCUUGUGAAGUUGAAGGGACACCUCACCCACCCGAAACACCAUCCAUUCUCAGCCACCACCCUCUCUCUCAAACCCUUAGUUUCCAUUCUCAAGAGUGAAGCUCUUCCAACUAUAUAUACAUACACAUAUCUCUUCAGAACCCACUCCCUCACUUCUGGAAUCUAGCCAUAAAAAUCAUAAAUUUCCCUCUUUCACCCGAAUCUCUAUACCGUAUCCAUCUGAAUCCAACAAAUUUUCCCACAAAUAGAAAGUUAGAAGCCCCCCCAAAAACACAAACCCCCUUUUAAGUUUUAAUUUCCCCAACGUUGUUGUACCAUGUCGUCAUCUCUGAUCGCGAAUCCAACUGCGGAUCGGUCGCGUGACUCUCACCGCACAAAGAAGAAGAAGAAAUCCCUUAAGCAACACCAACUACAGCAUGAGCAGAGCCACGCCAAAUGGAAAUCCCACGCGCAACAACAGCUAUACUCCUCCAAGCUCCACCAUGCUCUGGCGCGUGUCAACAUCUCCGGCGACGCGCCGCGCCGCGGCAGGGCGGUGCGCGAGGCGGCCGACAGGGUUCUCGCCGUCGCCGCGAAGGGGAGAACGCGGUGGAGCCGCGCCAUCCUGACUAACCGGCUCAAGCUGAAGUUCAGGAAGCCGAUUCACAAGAGGCAGAAGGUUGUUGUUGGGCCGGGCCGGCCCAAGAAGGCCCGGUUCAGCGUUCUCCGGCUCAAGGGGAAAACCCUGCCCGCGGUCCAGAGGAAGGUUAGGGUUCUGGGCCGGUUGGUUCCCGGUUGCAGAAAAGAACCGCUUCCCGUGAUUCUCGAAGAGGCCAUCGAUUACAUACCCGCGCUCGAGAUGCAGGUUCGCGCCAUGCAAGCUCUCGCUGACUUACUCUUAGGCUCUUCCUCCGCCUCAACCUCCGCCGCCGCGCCGCCAAGUUGAUCUCACUUUCCGGCGAAUAUGCCACGUGUCAUAUAUUUUUUUUCCUCUUCUUGAUUUUUGUUAUUAUUUGCCUCGUUUUCACUUUCGUUUAUGUUAAUUGUCCAGUACAUACAUAUUAUAUCUUCUUCUAUUUCCUCUUCUUUUUUU